AUGAACAAAUUUUUACAAUUCCUUUUUGCAAAUUUUUACAAAAGACCUCCUCCUAAUGAAACGUUUUCAAUCUGUCUCAGCCAAAAUUGUCUGUGUUUGACCAGUGGAGCGAAAAUCGAAUUCAAGCCUAAAACAGAAAUUAGCGAGACUGAAUUGAGAUUUAAACUGUCUUCAAAUGGUAAAAACAGAACAGAUGACAUAAGUUUUCUUUUCUUCCCAAUUGCUCCUGCUCCAUACGUUCCCCACAAGAAAGAGAACAUCUGGAAACUCCAUUAUAAGGACGUUGACAGUUAUAGUUUUACUGUGCAAUUUGUGCAGUUACAAAACUGCUUUGGUUACCAUAACAACGCGUGGUAUGCAAUGGCCAAGUUUGAAAGUAGUAAUGAAGAUGAAUUUAAGCAAUUGAUGGUCUUCGAAGACCAAAUAAGAAAAAUAACUAUCAUAUCAUUAUUAGAAUACAUUACGUCAGAAUGUUGGAUCAACUUGAACGAGCACAUUACCAAACAAAAAGUGGAUCAGAUACAUCGUAAACUGUCUAGCGGAGAAGCAGUUUCUUCCUUGUUGUGGGACAUCAGUUUAGGGGAGAUAGAUGCUAGAGAUACGGAUACAGAACAUGGUCUAGGACCUAGACCAUGUUCUGUAUCAACCAUGGAUAUAACCAUGGAUAUAACCAUACCAUGGUAUCAACUUUUGAUUUUUUCGUAA